UAGAAGUUUAAAUAUACUUUUUCAGGAACAUAUUAAUUUUUUAUUUCAAUAUUUAGAGUUAUUUUGAAUAAAAUUUUAGUUAUAUACUUAGUGGAGAAAAUUAAUGAAACCUAUAUGUGUUUUCAUCGAAAGUGUGCAGCUAGAUACUUGAAUGCAACAUUUUUCUCUGGCGAUGUUUAUAGAGCUUCUUGUUUCCAUUAGACCCUACACACAGCGUGACAUACGAUACGAAAUUAAAUCAAACCAAGGCCAAUAACUGAAACCAACAAACAAGAACCAAGGGAGAUAAGAAACAAAGAUGAACACGAAAACUGCGGUGCUACUUUUUGUAGUACUCUCAGCCUGUAUCACAGGAAGCUACCAACAAACACAAUGUAUCGGCAGCCUGGACAUUAUUUUCGCGGUGGACGGCUCCAACAGUAUGGGCGAGCAGAACUUCAUCAAGCAGCGGACAACACUGGUCAACCUGGUCAACAGGCUGACCGUCAGUGACAGCGAGAUCCACAUCGGCCUCUGUCUCUUCAGUAACAGUGUCACAGAGACCAUCGCACUGUCAGGGAACAAGGUUGACGUCAUUAAACAUAUUAACAACCUCACCUACCCUGACGAACAGACCAGAACUGAUCUGGCCAUCGACAGGGCCAUCGAGAUGUUUAGCACACAAGGCCGCGGGCCAUCGGUGCCCAAACUAUUGAUGGUCAUCACAGAUGGAGCGUCAACCAAGCCUCUCCUGACCCAGAGUUCUGCUGCCACCGCCAAAGCCAGGAACAUCACAAUCUACGCUGUGGGCGUCACCGCCCAGAUCGACAGGAACGAACUGGAGAGCAUGGCCAGCAAGAAAGAAACGGUCGUCACCACUAACGACUUCACCACCCUAGAGGGCAGUUUGGUCAACGCCACCAACAGGGCAUGUGUUGACGUCGAAUGCUACGACGCACAGGUCGACCUAGUCUUUGUUCUAGACUCCACUAACAACAUCGGAGCCCAAAAUUUCCAGGAAAUGAUCAGUUUCGUUCAGGACUUUCUGAUCUUCGCCUUCGUCGAUAACGGCAACUUCCGGGUGGGCGUGAUGACCCUGAGUGACCAGGCGUACGUUGAGUUCCAGAUGACUAGAUACGACCGCAGCAAGAAGGCCUUGUCCAGCGCCCUCAACAGCAUCCCGUACAGGACGGGCUACGCCAGCAAGACGGAAGCGUUCGCGGCUCUCAAACAGAAUAUGUACACGACAGCCAACGGUGACCGGAAGGACGUCCCCAAUGUCGUCAUCCUGCUGACCUCUAACACGGCCGGCUCAAAUGUCGCCCAGAUCAUCAGCGAGGCCGAGGGCGUCAGGGCUCAGGGGAUACAGAUCUUCGCUGUCGGUAUCGGAUUAUCAAAUACUCAAGAGUUGGACGGUAUCGCCAGCAAGCCUUUAAUCGAAAAUCGAUUCACUAUCCCCAACUUUUACCAGCUUCGCCCAGUAAUCGAACAGGUCUACAAAAAAUUUAAUCGAUUCUGUGAAACCCCUCCCCCUGUUCCAGCCUGCUAUAUGGGAGACACUGACCUCUGGUUUGUUGUUGACGUGUCCAGUAAGGCUGAGACCAUGUCCAGACAAGACUUCCCGGGGGACUUUGCUCGCCUCAAGAAUGGUCUGACUAAGCUCAUGGACAUUGUCAUGGACCCCAGUGUGUCUAACCCAGGCAUCCACACCGGUCUGGUCACCUACAGCGACACGGUACAAGUCGCCUAUGACGUCAGCUCCUACAACUCCGUCUCCCAGACGGCUCAGCUGCUCAGGUCACUUCCGGGCGGCCUGAGACAGGGCGGAUCCUACAUGACGCCCGCUCUAAGGGCGAUAACCAACCCACCCCGAGCCACGGAGUACAAGAGUUACGUGGUGAUUGUCGCCCCUGAGACCGCCUACACCAGUGACGCACAAGGGAUCCAGACUGAGAUAGCCAGACUGAAGAACCUCGGCUACACAAUCGUUCCAUUCGUCGUCAAGGAGACGGGUGUCUUGAACCAGUACGACCUGAUGAGCAGGGCCAGUGGCUCCAACUACUUCUACGGCUUCAACAGCUACUCCGAGCUGGAAGCCGCAGCUAAGAACUUCACCAGAGACCGACUCUGUAACGGCUACGUCGGCUCCCCAUCCGCCGGCCUGUGCGCCAACAGCGGCCACAAGGAGAACGGCAUGAGCCUGGUGCCCCACCCCUCCGACUGCGACAAGUACGUGCAGUGCUACUACAACAACCUGACCAACCUUGACCUUGGCGUCGUCAGACAGUGCCCCAUGGGUCUCUUCUGGAGCCAGCAGAACAAAACGUGCAGCCCGCCCAACCUCGUCCAGUGCCCGUACGAUCACUGUAAGGAGGACUGCGAGCCUUACAAGAUGGAGGGAGCCUGCGGAGCCUACUGGGAGUGUGAGAACGGCGUGUCCUCACCCAAAUGUUGCCAGGAGUACUUCUCUUUCGUGCCAGGCAUCGGUUGCCAGUUGGACUUCACGUGCAGGGACAAGUGUGGGCCAGAGAAAUGGUGUGGUAUUUGCCAGAAGAAACCCAACUGGGUAGUCGCCUCCGGAUAUGACGUACAGCUGAUGAAUGGCGUCCUAGGGUGGAUGCCCCGCCCCUGCUUCUAUGAGGACUUUGACGUAGUCGACUGCGAGUGUUCUGCCCCUAGAAACCAAGUGUGCCCACCUGACCGUGAGUACAACUUUAUGGACGCCGCCACUGUCAAGUCCGUGCAGGACGGCAGGAGUGAGGGUAUCCGUGUGUCCACUGUGUCCAGCAACAACCUCGCCCUGGUCCUCAACAGCCGCAGCGCCGUCCACGUCGACGUCAACAAGAUGGCCACUGGUGACGAGCCCUUCGUCAUCAAAUUUGUGUACAAAGAGAACACCCCCUUCAGCCCUUACGGCCAGACCCUCUACUCCUCUGGCGUCCAGUGCGGUAACGGCAACGCCCUUAUCGUGUCCUCCAAUGACCAGUUUGUGUUCGCUGAGAUCCGGGCUAGUGAUGGCCGCGUUGCUGAGGUGAAAGUCCCAACAAAGGGAUUCAGCAUGAAUGACUACAAGAACGUGACCCUGUCAUACAACGAAGGAGUUCUCUCCCUGUCCAUCAGCACACCAAAACAAGAAUACAUCGCUCAAACUAAAGCCCCCGCCCACAUGUGUUUCUCCUGUGGUAUCGACAUUGGCGCCGGCCUGAACAAGAACAGUUUUGACGGGGAGGUCCAAAAGAUAUCUGUACAUUCCUGCAGUCUGUCGAAGCUGUAUUAAACUGUUUUCUGUCUUUUAAUGACAGUCGUUUAUUGUUACUCUAAAAAUAAUUUAUUUUUUUAAUUAAAAUGAAAAAAAAUAUCAGUUUAAUAUCAAGGCAAAAUAUUUCAUGAUUAUAUAAUGUUGAGGUGGGGUGGGGGGUGGGGGGCUAUGUGAUUUGGUUUAAGCCAUUUGUGUUGUGGAAAAAGUUACUGUCUUGUAUUGUUUGUUAAAUGCCUGGUGUCACCUGGGAUGCCUAAUUAAUUUCCUAAAAAAAAUUGUUUAAAGGCGUUCAAUAAAUAAAAGUUUACUUUGCCUA